AUGCAGACAGCCCUUGCGUGCCUGUGCCUGUGCCUGCUCAGCACGGCCCUCUCGACACCCGUGCCGCUGCCCGUGAGAGCUGCUGGGAACUGUGUAGGACAGCACCGGAUACUGCUGAAAGGCUGCAAUGCCAACCAUGGCUUCUACGUUUUCAAAUAUGUCUACUCAUUUUCGACGCGGAGGAACCAGACACAGAUAAAGAAGGAAGAGGCUAACAGCCAGAGCACUGUCUCUGGUCACCAGCUGGACGAGGACAAUGCCAGGUGGGGGCCAUCGGAGAAUGGGGCAGCCCCAGAGCGAGGUGACGAUGGCAGCACCAAUGUGAUGGAGAGUGAGACCGGCCUCAAGCCCAAAAACCACAGUGCCCAAGGUGUUGGCAGGGAUGCUCACAGCCCUCACCCGGGCACCGGCAUGCAAGCACGAGGUGGUGUUGGUGUCGCAGGUCCCACCCUGGCCAGCUUGGAGGGAAGCGGUGACCUGGAUUUGGUGGUUGAAGUCGAUGGUGGUGUUUCCCUUGUCCCCCAGAGCAGACACCCCAGCAAGGCCAUGGAGGGGAACAGAUCUGGUGUCAAGAGUGAGGAGGACAGGAACGAUGGUGCCCCCGGGGGGGUUCCAGUGGAGGGGGCCAUGACAGUUGGGAGGGAAAGGGCCCCCACCACCACAGGAGCUGUGGACGAGGGCAGUGGUGAGGCCACUGUCCCUGGCCAAGGGCAGGAGGGUGUCAUGCAGGGCACAGGGAUGGGAGGCACUGCUCUCACCUCUGUCACUGAAAAGAUGGAGAACAUCCAAGUUGACACCAAAGGUGUGGAUGAGUAUACUUACAUCCCCGACUCAGGCAGCAUCACUGUUACCCGCGGGAAGGUGGGCAGCACAGCAAAGGCCACCAGCUUCACCCAGAUCUCUCCGGACAAGGACGACAAGGUCAACAUCUUCAUUGGUAGGGCUAAGGUCCACGUGGGGGAGCAAGAAACCAGCCAGGGUGGUGGCAGCAAGGAUGGCAACAUUCCCACGGCGGGAACAAGCAGCCCCCUGCCUGGGCUGGGCAUCACUGUGGCACACGAUGGCAAUGACAAUGAUGGCAUCCCUGCUCACGGGCAGCCUGAAGGACCUGUCACGACAGCCAUCCCAAGCCAUGGGGACAGCGUCACCAGCAGCUCUGGGGACAGCCAUCCCACAGGAGAUGGUGAGGAUGGUCACACCAGUGCUGGUGAUGGAGCAGGACCAGUGGCCCCCGGCCCCUGGAGGGUUGCUAGUGGUGACAUUACUGUCCCCGCGGGGGCUGGCACCCGUGGGAAUGGUGAUAGUGAGGGGAGAGGUGAGAGUCAGAGGUCCGAUGGGAGGCUUGGACACCUGGCUGUCACCAGUCCCCUCCAGCAGGCUGACGAAGAGGCCACCGCUGCUGUCCCAGCCAAGGGGGUCAGGGUCCGCCUGGGGGCCACCAUGGCCUCCCCCGGCGUGAGCAAGGGGGACUGUACCACUGUCCUGGGGAUGGCCGGCGGCCGCAAGGUUCCUUUUUCUGUCCGAGAAGCUGCUAAAAUGGCUGCACUUGGCAACACGCCGGAGUAA